UGAGCUUCUGUGCAGCCGCCGUCCGUGUCCGUCCGUCCCAGCCCCAUGGAGGGGGCCGUGACCUCCAGCCUCCUGCUGGCCCUGUGCUGGGCUCUCCCCCCACCUGCAGAUGGCCAGGAAGGACUUUGCUACGAGCAGUUCGGGGCCGGCAGGUGCCGGGAGCUGCUGGGUGAGGACGUGCCCCAGGCUGACUGCUGCCUGAACCCCAACUACGGGUACCGGACCCGUGCCGGGGCGCCCUGCCAGCCCUGCCGCCAGGCCGAGUGGAGUGAAUGGACGCCCUGGGGCCCCUGCUCCGUGUCCUGCAGUGAGGGGGUGCAGAGACGCAGCCAGACCUGCCUGGGGCAGGGCCAGUGCUCGGACGGCCCCCGCAAGAGGUGGGAGAUUCAAGCCUGCAGCCUGAAGGAUUGCUGCCCCGUGAUGGGGGGCUGGUCGGCCUGGGGCUCCUGGAGCUCCUGCUCCGUGACUUGUGCCAAGGGGGUGAGGAAGCGCAUCCGUAGCUGCACUGAGCCGACGCCCAUCUGUGGGGGCUCCUGCCCUGGCCUCAGCACGGACACCCAGCCCUGUGACACCAACAAGAUCUGCCCCACUCAUGGUAACUGGGGCAGUUGGGGGCAAUGGGGUCCUUGUUCUGCCACAUGCUCUCCGGAGGGAGCGGGGCAGAAGCCCCAGCAGCGUCGCUGGCGCGUUUGCAACAACCCUUCGCCUUCCUCCAUCCCUCCCGGACUCCCCUGCUCUGGAUCCACCAGUGAGGACCAGUCUUGCCCCGGGCUGCCCUUCUGCCCAGUGGACGGUGCCUGGAGCAACUGGGAGACAUCCAGCCCCUGCUCGGUGACCUGUGGCCUGGGCCGGAUAACGCAGAAGCGUCUUUGUAACAACCCAGCGCCACGGCAUGGAGGGAAGGCCUGUCUUGGCCUCAAUACCCGGUCACAUUUCUGCAACACCAAAAUACCCUGCCCAGUGGACGGGCAGUGGUCAGAGUGGGGGGAGUGGUCCACUUGCUCCCGGCCGGGUUACACUGGGAGCAUCAGCUGCCGGGAGAUCGUGGGGCAGCAGAGGCGGACGCGGGAGUGCAAGGGGCGCAGCCCCGAUGGGAAGCGCUGUGCGGGCAAUUAUAUCCAUAUCCGCAGCUGCUACAACAUGUAUCGGUGCAAACUGGAGGGUCAGUGGUCAGACUGGAGUUCCUGGGGUCUCUGCGUCCCGCCCUGCGGGAAGAAUCCCGUGAAGUCUCGGAAGCGCGUUUGCCAACCCACGUACCCCAAAUUUUCGAUGGUGACCCAGGGAGUGGCGGCCACCGGGCCGGUGAACGUCAGCUUCUGGGGCAAACCCUGGCCCCAGUGCAAGCCCAUCAACGGGAACCCCCUGGAGGUGGAGGAGAAGGAGCCGUGUCUCCAUGUGCCACCCUGCCCGGAGGAGGAGGAGGAAUAUGAUCAGCCCCUGUUAUCGUUAGCCCGCCUGGCCAGCCCAGACCUCAGGCCCACCGCAGGCUUAGAGUUCGUGGAGGUUCCUGAUGACGUUUGAGGUUGAUCUGGCAGGAGCCAGGCAAAGGUGCUUCCCUGGAAGCCCCAUCCCCCUAC